AUGACCAUCUGCAAAUUCUAUCAACAAGGCACUUGUCGCUAUGGAAGCAACCGAUUUGGUGCCCUAGCCGGGGGCGGCUCCUCAUUUAGUAGCAACCGAAGCGGAGAAAACCCCUACAGCCUCGACGCCGAUGCCAUUCGAAAAGACUUGACUGAAGAACUCCCAACAUGGAUCCUCUCAGCCUACGCUCCAGGAAAACAACCGCCCGAGCAGCUAUUUGGUGGAGAACAACGGGAACAAAGUUUCGAGGAAAUCCGAAUGUACUACUUGAAUGGUCUUGCCGCCGGUAACCCCGAAGGAGCACUGAACGACAUCAACAACCUCUACCAAAGCGCACAAGCGCAGAACCAAGCAGCACUGAGCAAUAUCCAGGGCGCUAUCCAAUACAUCGUCGACGCCGGUAAUAAACAUCCGAAUCGACACGACAUUUGCAACCAAAACACAUUACCGGGAGGAACAACGGGCGAGUUCGGAAAAGACAGACCAAGGCCAAGUGCAUUUGGGAGCUCAACAACCACACUUGGUGCUCCUGCCACAACAUCCAACGUCUUCGGUGCUCCCUCUCAGCCAGCGGGCGCCUUUGGCCAGCCAUCAGCCCUGGGUGCCAAGCCAAAUCCCUUUGGAACUCCGGCCUUUGGACAGGCAGCACAGCCAGCUGCUGCUUCACCUUUUGGCCAGCCCUCAGCACUGGGUGCCUCAACAUCAGCUUUCGGCGCGCCAAGUGCCUUGGGUGCGAAACCAAAUCCCUUUGGAGCACCAUCAACAGGAGGGGCAUUUGGCCAACAAGCUGCCACCCCCGCUUUUGGACAGCCUGCCCAAGCGACGAGUGCGUUUGGCCAACCAGCACAGCUAGGAGCCAAGCCGAACCCAUUCGGAGCACCAGCCGCUCCAGUGGCCAGCGCCUUUGGCCAGCCAGCGACAUUAGGAGCAAAGCCCAAUCCGUUUGGAGCGCCAGCUGCCCCAGCAGCAGCAGCAGCAGCAGCAGCAGCAGCAGCAGGAGGUGCAUUUGGGGCUUCAACAACAGCCAGUCCCUUCGGACAGUCCACACAGGCCGCCAACCCGUUCGGACAAUCAACAACUAGCGCUUUCGGACAGUCAACAUCAACUCCAGCAGCGAAUCCCUUUGGGGCUCCAACACAGGCGACAGGAGGUCCAUUUGGCGCCUCCACGGGCCCAGCCACCACUAAUCCCUUCGGCGCCCCAGCUGCCGCCGCUCCCGCUGCAACACCCUCACCAUUCGGUGCCUCCACAACAACACCAGCAGCCAAUCCCUUUGGCGCCUCAACCACACAACAACAGCAACAACAACCAUCCGCCUUCGGAACGUCAACCACCACCCCAGCCAUCAACCCCUUCGGCCAACCCCCCGCCGCCGCCACUUCCACACAACCCACCAGUGCCGCCGCCGGCACCUCCCCCUACGCCCCUAACGCCACCCGCCAACACCCACUCAUAACUGCCUACACCACUCGCUCCCCGCUCGACAACCGUCUACAAACCUUUAAAGGAAAACCAGUAACCUACCAACGGAUUCCCAAGCCUGGUGCGCCCGACACGGCGCCCCCCGAGAAGGAGGUACCGGUGAUUAGGAACUUUGACGGCAGUUUCCAGAUGAUUUGGUUCCCGGAUGGAGCGCCCAAGUACACGCCCGAUACAGAAGCGUUAGAGGGGGAGUAUACACCGGAAGUGUUGAGUGCGUGGCAGAAAUUUAUGGAGACGGGCAAGUUUGAGGGCGGGGUGAUGCCCGAGGUUGCGCCGAAGAGGGAGUUUUGUGCGUGGGAUUUUUGAGGCGAGGAUGGUGUUUGUGGCUGUUUCAGGGCGGGAGAGAUGAAGGGAAGGAGAGCAGGAGAGAGAAAUUGGCAAUGGAGAGGACAAGGAAAGAAAGGAAAGAGAUAGGGACGGAUACACUGGGCUUCAAAUGGAUAGAUAUGGAUAUUAUGGAUAUGUUUCAAGGACUGUACACUACGGGAAAACGCAAGAGCGAAUCUUUUUGUCUGGAUUAUUACCAGAUACCCAACUUGAACUCAAAAG